UGAAACCAAUAAGAGAUGGAUUUCACAUAAGCUAUGAAUGAUGUGCAAAACAGAAUUCAACAACUUGAACCAGAGAAUGCAUUGAAGAUCAUCGGUUAUCUCUUGUUGAUGCAACACCACAACGACCGUGACAUGAUUCGUCUCGCAUUCUGUCCAGAUUCGGUGAUGCGUUCCAUGAUCAACUGUGUUAAAUAUGAAUUGGCUAAUAACUCUCAUUGCGACAUUCCUACUUCUGAUCACAUUCAAGUCCGUAAAUUCGGAUCAUUCACCGGUUCAUCAAACCAAUCCCUUUUGGUGUCUAUCUCUCCUCCUUCUGUUCUCUCCAUGGGAACAAGUUUUUGGGAGAAUACAAACGACAUGGAUUCAUCAUUGCAAAACAAUGUUUAGUUCUUGAAUUUUGAGGAUUCUUUGACCAGUCCUGAAUUCUCAACUAGUUUCUUCUCUCAAGAGAAACAAGGUCUAUCGUUGAGAACUAGUCGAAGAUCACUGAGUUUACCGGAGUUUCCUGUAAAAAUCUGCCAUUACUUCAACAAAGGGUUUUGCAAACACGGCAACAACUGUAGGUAUUUGCAUGGAAAAAUCAUACCAGAGAGAGAUAGUUUUGCUCAGAUGUUUAAUCCAAACAACAACCUAAGCGAUGAAGAGCAUGUUGUUUCCGCUGUAUCACUUGAGAAGCUAGAAAGAGAGAUCAUUUACCUGCUUAAAUCAAGAAGAGGUGCUCCAAUUUCCAUAGCUUCUUUGCCAAUGAUGUACUACGAGAAGUAUGGUAGGACUCUUCAAGCUGAAGGCUAUCUCACUGAGUCACAAAGACAUGGCAAAGCUGGCUAUAGCCUCACCAAGCUUCUUGUUCGCUUAAAGAACACCAUCCGCCUCAUCGACAGGCCUCAUGGGCAACAUUCAGUAAUACUAGCAGAAGAUGUAUUAAAGUUUGUGGAAUAUACGGGAGAGAAAAGCGAACACGGAGCGAUCCUUGCUGGCUCGAGACAGAUUUACUUAACAUUUCCGGCGGAGAGUAGUUUCACUGAACAUGAUGUUUCAAACUAUUUCUCCAAAGUUGGACCAGUGGAAGAUGUGAGGAUUCCAUGUCAACAAAAGAGAAUGUUUGGAUUUGAAACUUUUGCUUACACAGAAGACGUCAAACACAUUCUUGCUAAAGGCAAUCCUCAUUUCGUAUGCGGAGCACGUGUUCUCGUCAAGCCUUACUGGGAAAAAUCACACUCCAAUAGAUAUCUUGACAAUAACAAACCUCCGUACGACGUUCAAUAUAGAUCUCAAUACAUUGACAGAGAAACAGAACUAAACACUUUGCCACAACGAGUUAGCGAGAGCUUAAAACUAACGAGGAAGCGGUUUCUUGAGGAUCACGAGCAAUCAGUGUCUAAGUCCUUACCUAAUAAUUACUCAUAUCUCGGGUUCUCUUCCAAUGACUUCAAGCUAACAACAAAUGAGGAACAAGAGGAACAAGCAGAACAAUUAAGUCUGGAUUAUCUUAACACCGAAGAUAAUGUCAUGAACAUAAGUCCUAACUACAAAGACAAUGAUCGGAGGAUACACUGUGAAUCUUUAGAGGGUCGAGUCUUAAAUUUACCUGAGAGUCCGUUUUCUUCCCUUUCCGGAAAAGAGAUUUCUAUGGUUACAUAGAGAGAGUGUCACCAAACCAAAAGUGAAAGCUGAAAAGGAAUAUAGGAGCAUAAAGGUUAGAGGAAAUUCCAAAAUAUGUAAUCACAUGCAUCAUCAUCUUUGUCUUUGGGGUUAGACUGUUUGGUCGAUGGCAUGGAGUCUUCGGGUUUAGAUUGUUUGGUCGAUGGCAUAGAGAAUUUAGGUUCUUUAGCAACAACAUCACGUAAGGAAAAAAAGGAGACAGAUAGACACAACAUAAAAGGAUCUGUUUGAUUCAACUACAAUGUGAGGUGAGCAGGUUAAUUCAGAAACAUAAGCUACAUGGCUUAUGUAUGACUAAUUGAAACGUUUAUGAUGGUUUUGUUUCUAUUGUUUUUUUUAUAACCUUUGUUAUGCAAGACUGGAUCAUAUUUCAUUGUAUUAUACGCCAAUUCCGUCUAGUUUUACGAACAAGGUUUAGAAAAGUGUAUGGGUAGUUUCACAAACUUAAGAAAAUAUCGCCACCAUCAACGAUGAAUAGUCUGUAGAAAAAAAUCUUAUGAAUGGUGAACACAUAUGUGUAUUUUGUAGUCAGUAAGAGAUCAAUAAUCUUAACAUUAAAACCAAAAAAAAAAUAAGAGAUCAAUAUCAUGGAUGAAAAACGUGGACCA